AUGUUUUAUUUGAGUUUACUAUUUUAAAUUAGUUUAUGCUUGGGGGAAUUGGAGAUUAUAGAAACAAAGGAAUCUUCUGAAACUUUUACAACUCAUAUGGGAGAGCCAAACAUAAUAUAUUGGAUACCAUAAGCAGAAGAUGCUAUAUUAAUACCUUUUUAAUAGAAUAGCUUUUGUUAAAUAAGAUAAUAAACUGUUUAAACAGAAACAUAAUAAUUUACAAUCAUUUAAUAGGAUGAUUUUAAAGAGUAAAUUAUGAGAAUAAAAUUUUAGUUAUGAAUUUGAGAAGGAUACUCCAUUAAAUUUUAGAGAAUUUAUUGGUAUGGUGCAUGUAAAUGAUGGAAUGUUAGCAAUAACUUCUGAUGCUGUAGCAUAUUUAAUAAAAUUUAAUUAUGACAAUGUUCUAUAAAAAUAAGGAUUUACAAUGUAUGGAAAUGCUAAAGAUUUUGCAGGUGUAACAUGGAAAGCUAAUCUUUAAACAGUUCUGGAAUCAAUAGAGGCAAAAGAAGAAUUACCAUAAUUAGUAUAUUCAAAAUAAAAUAAUUGGGCUUUUGUUAUAUAUUCUGAUUCUGCAUAAUUUUUUAGUGUAAGUUAGAUGGAGGAAAAUAUUAAAAAUAUGUAUGUUAAUUAUGUAUAGAAUUGGGUUAAAAGAGAGGAAAGAGGAUUGACAAAAGUAAUUGAUGGAUAUCUAUUUUCAGCAGUUGGAAGAGCAGGAAUGGAUAUAUAUGAAAUAAAAGAGAAUGAUGUUUAUUAUAGAUAGACAAUAACAUUUAGAGAUUUUAAUUUAAAAAAUGAAUAAUUAGAAUUAAAAGACUUUGCAAUUGUUAAAGCAAAAGUUGGAUAAUAUCAAAUAUAUUUACUUGAUGCUAAAUAAGGUUUAAUUGUAGCUUAUAUGUUUAUUAAUAAAGAAGGUUUUUAAUUUGAAAUAGCAGUUGAUAUAGAAUCUCAAAAAGGUGGAAUUGCUGUUGAUACUAAAAAUGGUAAAAAUGUAUUUGUUGCAUAUCAAGUUAAUGGAAUUCAUUUUUAUGUUGAAUAUUUAGUCAAUUUUAAUGAAAAAUCUUAUUCAAUAAUUACAAAAAAAGAAAGUAAUUAUAGAAUAUUAGAUGUUGAUGCUACAGAUGAAUUUGCUAUAAUCAGUGGUGUAAAUCAUCAUUAAAUUGUUUUUAAUAAUGGAUAUGAAUUUAUUGCUCCUCAUUAAGAUAAGAUUAUGUUUACUUAAAUAGGAAUGAGAGAUUUUUAAUUUUUCUAAUAUACUUAUGAAGAAGAUGAAUUAAAAAAAGCUGCUAAAGAUGACUAUUAAUAUGAUGAUUUUUUCUUUGGUGUAACUGCCACAAAUGCAUUUCUUACUUAAUUUAGAUUUGUUCCUGCAAGAGUUGUUUGUUUUGCUGAUCAUAGUAAUUAUAUUUCAUUAUUUAGAUGCUCAGGGAUCUCUUAAAUAAUAUUAUACAUUAUAAUAUAAUUAAUCAUUUACUGAAAAUAACAAUGUUUCUCCCAAUAAAAUUAUCAGAACAACUAAAAAUUUUACUGUUCAAAUUGUAACAACUUAUUUAUUUGCAUAACAAUGGAGACUUAUCAGAAUCUUACUUAUUUUAUUAGGAAUAAUCAUUUUAAUAUCCAGUAUCUAUUAUAAUCAUUUAUUUAUUUAGUUGGAAUUAUAAUCUAUUAGUUUAGAAAAUUUAGAAUUUAAGAAUUAACUUUAGAAAAUGAAAUUGAUUAAGAGAGAAAAAAAUAAGUUGAUGAUAGUGGUUUCAAACUUAAUGAUUCUUCCGUGAUUAUGAAGGUUUAAAAAGUUGAGUGAGU